AGGACUCCUCAGUGCGUCUGUGUAAGCGUUAGUGUCUCUACCAUUCCCUUGGUUAGACUACGUGUGGUUUAGAAGCUUUGCUUGCAGGUUUGAUUGGAAACUUCAAUUCUUCUUGUUUUUAUUAGCUGUCUCCUUUGCAAUUGUUUGUUGAAGGUCGGUUCUGUCUCCUGAACAAGAACAUCUGAUUGACAGAAAACAAAAUGGAGGCAGUUUCUAACCAGUUCCUGGAGUUUCACACCAACCACGGCUCCAAUAUCAGUCUGAACCACUCAGGAACUCAGGCCACCCGCAUAGAAAGCUUUGCCAAUGGUGUUUGCUUCAGCAAAUACCCUCUGAAACCAGGAGAGAUCUUUCUCAUUGAGAUUGAAGACAAGGAGCUAGGUUGGUGUGGACACCUCCGGAUCGGCCUGACGGCCAGGGACCCAAAGAGCUUAGAGGUGAUCCCUGAAUACUCCAUCCCAGAUCUGAUGGCACUGGGGGACAGCUGGGUGUUUGCCAUCACUCGCAACCAUAACAAGGUAAUAGAGGAGGCAGAGGUUCCAGAAGCUGGAGAAGGAGGACUUGGUGUUGGACAGAGACUUGGGCGCAGAGAGGAAGAAGAUGCAGUUCAGGAAGAUGAAGACAACAACAAAAAGCCAAAGACUUUCUUCACCGACACACACUUGUACAUCGACACGGUCCGAAUCCCCAGAGACAAACUUGUUGGUCGGAGCCGUCCUGGACGCUUUAGCCACAUCUUGGAUGAUCUGUACAAGACAAACACCCUGCCUCCCACAGCCAGACGCAGCAGAAUCGGAGUUCUUUACGUGCCUAAAAGCAGAGACACGGCUGAUAUGCACAUUGUGAUCAAUGGAGAGGACAUGGGAGCUUCUGCAAAGGGAAUACCUUCUACCAGGCCUCUGUACGCGGUAGUGGACGUCUUUGCUGCCACAAAGUGUGUUCGGAUUGUCCAGGUGGAGUAUGGCUUCUCCUCCUUGCAGACGCUGUGCAGGAAAACCAUUCAAAAGCACAUUGUCCACAGGAUGGCUAUCGACUGGCUCCAGCUGCCUGAGGCUCUAAAGCACUACUGCAAGUAUGAAUGAAGCGUGUGGAACAGCUGAGAAAAGAAGAACUAUCUGAGAUCUUUUUCUAAUGUUCAUCAAAAAAUUCAAAACAUUAUUACAAUUAGACAAUUUCUCUGUUGUUCUUAUAUGAACUGUAUUUAUUCUUGUCUGGAAUAAAGCAGAGAUUGUUCAGACA